AUGUUACGUUCACCGAUAGCCCGUGCUAUAUUCCGCAGCGCUACAGCGCGAUCAACAAUCCCGUCUUCGUCGCAGUCGGCCUCGCGUUUUGCGGUCCCUAUCCUCGAUUCUUCCUACUUCUCCGGCCAAACAUUCCGAUACCCACGUUUUCCUUCUGCAACACUUGGACUCACCUCAAGGACCUUCAAACCUUCUUCGCAGACUUUUCGCUUUCCCAACAGAUACCUCUCCUCGUCGGCCAGGCUAUCCUACAGAUACGGCGGUGAUAGAUAUCGGCGAUUUGAUGGCCUCAGUCGCGGAACGCUUUUUCAGCGAUUGUUGACAAAUGCGAGGCCAUACCACUUUGUCAUAAUUGGCGUAGUGAUCGGCGGUAUCUAUACCAGCAAUGUCGAAACGGUGGAGAUGACCGGCCGCCGACGAUUCAACUGUGUCUCCUCUCAGCAGGAACUAAAAAUGGGUCAACAGAGCUAUGAAGAGGUUUUGAGGUCAACACGCGGGAAGAUUCUCCCCGAGAAUCAUCCGCUGACCAUCAUGGUAAACCGCGUGCUCCGCAGACUGAUACCGCAAGCGCCAAUUGAAGGCGCAGAUUGGAGAGUUCAUGUCAUCAAAGAUGACGGCAUGGUCAAUGCUUUUGUUUUGCCUGGUGGGAAAGUAUUUGUCUAUACAGGCAUCCUGCCAAUUUGCAAAGACGAGGACGGGCUUGCAGCUGUGUUGGGCCACGAAAUUGCUCACGUUGUCGCGCAUCACCCAGCAGAACGCAUGAGCAACAACAUCCUGACAGUUGGAGCAGUAUUAAUUAUCUCCCUGCUAUUUGACAUUUCAGGCCAGAUUCCUUCGCUACUGCUCAACUUAAUGUACAGCUUGCCUAAUUCGAGGACACAAGAGGCUGAGGCAGACAAUAUUGGCUUGAUGAUGAUGUCAAAAGCUUGCUUCGAUCCUGAGGCCGCUGUCGGACUUUGGGCGCGUAUGCAGAAAGCAGAGCAGGAGACACCGCCUCAAUUUCUGUCAACACACCCUUCGAGCUACAACCGCAUGGAAUCAAUCCGUGGAUGGCUAGGGAAGGCCGAGGAAAUCUAUGAAGAUAGUGGAUGUAGUACCCUGGGAAACUACAUGCCAGGAUUUCGCCAAGCUUCAAACGACUUCUACAGAUGGUGA